UUUUUUUUAAUAAUGGCCUCAUUAACCUCGUCCGUUUUUCGUCGACUCAUUGGCCUACAACGUACACCAAAAUUUAUAGGUCUUCAACCGAAUUUUUGUAAAAUUUAUUCAUCAACCUCAAGAUUCCAUUAUCACUCUAGUCCAGUUUUUAAACAAGCUGAUACUAAUUCUAAUGCAACAAAACCAAACAGCAAUGAAUCACUUCAUGAAUAUGGAAAACAUAUUUUGUCCAUGCUUCCAAAAUAUAUACAACAAUAUUCAGUUUAUAAGGAUGAAUUAACACUUUAUGUUGCUCCUAGUGCUAUUAUCCCUGUAAUGACAUUCUUACGUGAUCAUACAGGUGCGCAGUUUAAACAGGUCAUGGACAUUUGCGGUGUUGAUUAUCCAACACGUCAAAAUCGUUUUGAGGUCGUUUACAACAUGUUAAGUAUACGUUAUAAUGCAAGAAUUCGGGUGAAAACAUAUGCCGAUGAAGUUACACCUGUCCCUUCGGUUACUCCUCUUUUUAAUGGAGCGAAUUGGUUCGAAAGAGAAGUCUAUGAUAUGUAUGGAGUUUAUUUCACGGAUCAUCCUGACUUAAGGAGGAUCUUAACAGAUUAUGGAUUUGAAGGUUAUCCCUUAAGAAAAGACUUUCCUUUGACUGGUUAUGUUGAAGUUCGUUAUGAUGAAGAAAGGAAACGAGUUGUUAUUGAACCUUUAGAAUUAACGCAAGCAUUCAGAAACUUUGAAGGGUCCGCUUCUCCUUGGGAACAAACAGGACCUGGUCACGAUGAUAGACCUGAUUCCUUCAAAGUUGAGAAUCUCCUCCCAAAGUCACCAGAUCCAGAAAAAAAAUAACUCUUAUAUAGAUAAAUUGAAUUUUUUAAUAAAUAAAAACAUGUAUAUAUUUAUAAUUUAUUUUUAUUUUUGUUAUUAAAUUUCUACUUAUUUUUUAAUAAUACAAUUGUUCGUUAGUCUUUCCAUGUAUUCCUUCGAAAU